AUGUCUGGAAGAGGCAAAGGAGGAAAGGGUUUAGGCAAAGGUGGAGCCAAGCGUCAUCGAAAAGUUCUCAGAGACAACAUCCAGGGUAUUACGAAACCUGCAAUUCGCCGUAUUGCCAGGAGAGGUGGAGUGAAACGCAUUUCUGGUUUAAUAUACGAGGAGACAAGAGGUGUACUUAAGGUCUUCCUAGAAAACGUCAUUCGCGACGCCGUCACAUACACUGAGCAUGCCAAGAGAAAAACCGUGACGGCCAUGGAUGUCGUGUACGCCCUCAAGAGACAGGGACGUGCCAUCUACGGUUUUGGUGGUUAA